AUGGGAUUUACCUGCUGUGGUGAUAAAUUAAUUCCCAGACCAAAAUGUAUUGUGUGUGGUUUUGUUUUAUCAAAUGAAGCUAUGGUUCCCAGUAAACUAUUGCGACACUUCUCCACAAAACAUGAUCACUUGUCUAAGAAACCUCUUGAAUAUUUCAAAGAUCUGAUAAAAUUACAAGAAAAACAAAAAGACAGUUAUUUAGUCGCAGAAAUAAUCGCCAGAGAAAUGAAGCCUCAUACUAUUGGUGAAACUUUGAUUCGCCCGGCCUAUACAGCAAUUGUGAGAACAAUUUUUGGUGCUGAAGCAAAAGAAGAAAUAAAAAAGAUUCCUUUGUCAAAUGACACUACGAGUAGACGUAUUAGUGAUCUAUCAGUUGAUAUUGAAAAUUGGAUGAGUCAAGUGAUCGGUGGUAAAGCACAAUUACUUGCCUUCACUCGAUUUAUUAAAGAUCAUGAAAUUUUAGAAGAAUUUUUAUGCUGCAAGGAAUUUGAAAAAACUACGACGGGAAAAGAUGUUUUUGAUAUCAUGAACACAUAUUUUAAUACAAAUGGUCUAUCUUGGAAAUCUUGCGUGGGUGUAUGCACAGAUGGCGCCCGUUCAAUAAUUGGAACUAUAAAAGGAUUUGUUUCAUACGCUAAAAAGGAAAACGAAAACAUUGUAACAACUCACGUUGUUACAAUGUAG